AUGGCGACGCUUGUGGAAUCUGUAGACUCCGCAGAACCGUUUUGCGGCGGAGGCACCGGGAACAUGGCACCACCAGCGACAUCGACCCUUCCCCACCGUUUCGACGAUGGUAAAUUUUACCUGCUCGUGGUUAUCGGGGAGCUUGUCUCGGAAGAGCACCUGAGGUGUGCCAUUGCGGACAUAGAGAAAGGCAUUCGUUCCUGGGACACAAAUCUCAUUGACUGUAACUUGGAUCAUGAGCUGAAGCUGUUUGUCUCCCGUCACUCUGCCAGAUUUUCUGCUGAUGUGCGAGGACAGAAGAUACUGCACCACAAAAGCAGCGUGCUGGAAACAGUCGUACUCAUCAACCCUUCGGAUGAGGCUGUUAGCACUGAGGUUCGUCUCAUGAUCUCUGACACAGCUCGGAACAAGCUGCUAGUCUUGGCAGGGCAGUGUUUCGAAAAUACCGGCGAGGUCAUCCUUCAGUCAGGAUCCUUCUCUUUUUUCAACUUCAUUGACAUCUUCACAGACCAAGAGAUUGGUGAACUACUCAGUACUAUAAACCCAGCCAACAAAGCCAGCCUCACCCUCUUUUGCCCUGAACAGGGCGACUGGAAAAACUCUAAUCUAGACAAACACAAUCUGCAAGAUUUUAUCAACAUGAAGCUGAAUUCACCAACAAUUCUUCCAGAAAUGGAGGGCCUCUCAGAGUUUACUGAGUAUCUCUCAGAAUCUGUGGAGAUUCCAUCUCCCUUUGACUUGCUUGAGCCUCCCACCUCUGGUGGGUUCCUCAAACUGUCCAAACCAUGCUGCUACAUUUUCCCUGGUGGACGAGGUGACUCUGCACUUUUUGCAGUCAACGGCUUUAACAUGCUAAUCAAUGGUGGUUCAGACAGAAAGUCCUGUUUCUGGAAGCUUGUAAGGCAUCUGGACCGGGUGGAUUCCAUUCUGCUCACCCACAUCGGAGAUGACAACCUUCCUGGGAUCAACAGCAUGUUGCAGCGAAAAAUAGCAGAAUUAGAAGAGGAACAGUCCCAGGGAUCCACAGCUAAUAGUGACUGGGUAAAGAACAUGAUCUCUCCUGACAUUGGAGUUGUGUUCCUCAACAUGCCUCAGAAUAUGAAUAACCCUGAGCCAAAUCCCAGGGUCAGAAAGAACAUUGAAGAAGCUGCUUACACUCUACAGUGCCUCAACAAGCUCUCUUUAAAACCAGAGCCUCUAGUCAGAGGCACUGGGAACACUUUAGAACCCAUUAUACUCUUCCAGAAAAUGGGAGUGGGGAAGCUGGAGAUGUAUGUCCUCAACCCAGCAAAAAAUAGCAAGGAGCUGCAGCACUUUUUGAAGCAAUGGACAGGAAGUGAAAAGGACAAAACCUCCAUUUUGUUGCCAAAUCAGAAAGAAUCAGAGCUCCCAGUCUCAUAUUUGUCCUCUAUUGCAUCACUGAUUGUUUGGCACCCUGCAAACCCAUCUGAGAAAAUUGUUCGUGUCCUCUUCCCUGGCAAUACCACUCAGAAUCACAUCCUAGAGGGUUUAGAGAAACUUAAACACUUAGAUUUCCUCAAGCAACCAGUGGUCACUCAGAAAGAACUUUCUUCAAACAUGGCACCAGCACUUAAGCAAGCCAAGAUGACACACAAAACAGAUAGCAAGGAAAGCCUGAAAUCAACCUCAAGGGCCCCAUUAAGCAAAGCCUCCAAGAAGGAGUCAAAAGAAGAAACACCAGAGAAAGCAAAAACAGAUAUAGAGGUAGCACAGGAGAAGACACAAAAAACAGUGAAGAAAGAAAAAACUGUUGUGAAGAAGGCAAAAGCACCAGAGAAGGAAGUCAAAGCCCAAUUAGAAUCAACACCCAAAGCUGAAACUCCAGACAAAAAGAAGUCUGAGAUUAAGUCAAAUAUUACACCGAAAGAAAAAAUUCUAAAGAGAGAGACCAAGAAAUCAGAGGAAAAGAAAAACAAUGAAAAGGAAGUCAAGGGUGAAAUGGAUAAAAAGGAAGAAAUAAAUGUGGAUAAACCAACACCUAAGAAAGAAGGAAAAGUCAAAAAGGAGGAGAAGGUAAAAAAAGAGGAGGUCAAGAAAGAAGUCAAAAAAAGAGAUAUCAGGAAAGAUUCUCCUAUGAAGGAGAUCAGGAAAGAGGAAAAGAAAGAAAUGAAGAAAGAUGAGAAAGAUGUAAAGAAAGAUGUCAAGAAACCCAUGAGUGCCCUAAAGAAGAACGUUGCCAACAGUGAGGUGAAGAAACUUGCCCCUAAACCAAAGUUAGUAUCUCAAGGAAAGACACCAGGAAGCCCUGCAAAAUCUAAAGAGAAAGGGAAGGUUAAGACCACUAAAAAAGACACAGGAAAGUCUGCUGCAGCUGUAACUACUGCACAGGUUGUUGCAGCAGUGGCUAGCACCACUGACAGUCUUGAAGCUGAAAGAUCACUGAUGUCUUCUCCAGAAGAUCUUACGAAGGAUUUUGAGCAGUUGAAAGCAGAGGAGAUUGUGGAAGAUGAUGCAAGCUUACCUCAAACCAAAACAGAAGACUCUGAAACAAGUGUCAUUAUACACCGUGAGGAAAUCACCAUCUAUAAGCAUUCACCAGAGGCAGCAGAGUCAGUGGAUGAGGGAAUCACAACUACUGAAGCUGAAGAGGAAGGUGGAGGUACUCCAGAUGAACUUGAAGCCAAAGGAAAAAGCAGUGGUGUCAGCAGUGAAAAAUUUGAAGAUGAGGGUACAGGGCUUGAGGAGUCAUCUGAAACUGGUGAUUAUGAUGAGAAGGGAGACACAGAAGAAGUGGAUGAGGAGGAACGAAGAAGACAUUUGAAGUCAAAAGCAGAGGGACAAGAGGAGGAGGAAACAGAGGCAGAGACAGAGGACGAGGGCACUUGCGCAGGACAAACUGAGAAGCCAAGCUUACAUGUGCCAACACCAACAAAGAUCUCUGCUCCAGUAUCUCCUACUGCAUCCAUUCAUGAUGAAACCCUUCCAGCAGGUUCUGAGAGUGAAGUUGCCUCAGAUGAUGAAAACCGAGAUGAACCACCAGAAGAAUACACUACUUCUGGCCACACGCAGUCCACCAUUGAGAUCUCAAGCAUCCCCACUCCAAUGGAUGAAAUGUCAACUCCUAGAGACAUAAUGAGUGAUGAAACCACAAAUGAUGAAACCGAGUCACCAUCUCAGGACUUUGCCAGGUAUGGAGUUUCUACAGAACCUGAUCAGAAAAAGCUGUCCCCUCUCCAGGAUGUUCCAGAGCUGGAUCUCUCUAAGAGUGAUGCCACAGAUGGUCAGGACUAUAAUGUGUCUGCCUCUACCAUCUCACCUCCAUCCUCAAUGGAGGAGGACAGAUCUACAAAGGAUUUUUUCAUUAAAGACAGUGGCAAAAUUUCAUUUGAUUCAGAGAGGCUCACAGGGGAAUCCACAACAUGGCCUCUUGUUCAGUCACCAUCUGGUGAACAAAUUGUUAGCACUGAUCACCUACAUGAAGGUGUUUCCUCUCCAAUUGAGCUGGGCACUACACUUGCAGAGCCCCAAAAAGGAACAGCUGACUCAUCAAGUCCAGAUGAUAAGACAUUAGAGGGUACUUCAUCACCACAGUCCUCAGGACACACACCAUAUUACCAAUCCCCCGUGGAAGAGAAAGAAGGAGAAAUUCCACUAGAACACUUCAGGAAGGCUGAAGGUCCAGUAAUUGUUGAGGUCACAAGCGACAGAGAGGAUUCCCCAAAUCAGAGUAGUCCCAUGGAUGAGCCUGUACCUAAAUCUCCAGUGGAGAGGGUCCUAUCCCCUGUGCAAAGUCCUCCACCCUAUGGAAAAGGAGAAAAAUCCCCCUUAAAUCUUGACCAUUUCUCCUCAGUUCCAGCCAGCCAUGAUGAUAAGAAAACAGUUAAUGGUGAUACAUCCUCUGUCUCCGCAUCCCUUCCACCAACUAAACAUGAAUCUUCAUCAGAUACAAACCAUUUCACAGCUUUUAAAGAGGAAAGUAAGAUGUCCAUAUCAGAGGGAAGCACAUCUGAUAAGUCUGCCACUCCUGUAGAUGAGGUUGUGGCAGAAGAUACAUUCUCUCACAUUGCUUCAGCCUCCACAGCCUCUCUGGCAACAAGCUCUUUGCCAGAGCCAACGACUGAUGAUGUCUCACCCUCUCUGCAUGCAGAGGUGGGCUCUCCUCAUUCCACAGAAGUAGAUGACUCUCUCUCUGUGUCCGUGGUACAGACUCCAACCACUUUACAGGAAACAGAAGUCUCCCCAUCAAAGGAGGACAGUCCCAGACCCAUGUCAAUCUCCCCAGAUAUUUCACCCAAAACAGCAAAAUCCAAAACGCCACAGCAGGAACCAAAAUCACCCGAGCAGUCCACGAUGUCAGAAUCCCCAGAUCACUCCUUAGCCUUGGAUUUCAGCAAGCAAUCUCCAGAGCAUCCAUUGGCAGCUGGAGCCCAGCGUGGAGUCACAGAAAAUGGGCCCACAGAGGUAGACUUCAGCCCUUCUGAUGCAGUUGCUCCUAGAUCAGGAGAUCAACACCGCCCUGGGGGUGCUGGGGAGAAGCCAAUGCUUUUCAAAGAGUUGGAUACUACUCGCGCUGCCUCUGCCUCCCCAUCUGAUGCCUCCCAAUCGACUCCCUCUGUCACCACCCCCUCCCAAAUUGGGGGGCCCAGGGAAAUAUCCCCAAAUGCGGCCCCUUGCUCAGAGUCUGUCACUCCAAAAGUGACCUCUCGAACACAAUCUCCUCUUUCCUCAGACUCUUCUCUGGUAUUGGGUAGUUCUCCGGCUCUAGAUGGAGUAUUUAAUAAGGGUAAAAUAAGCCCUACCUCUUUCUCUGAUGUAAGUUCAUUUAGAAGUGAAGAUGACAAGCUAAAGCUGGAUCAGACUCCACCAAAGGCAGCCUCCCCCUCAUCCCCUUCAGUGUCCCCUUGUUUUUCUCAGAAGUCUGAAACACUUAACCUGGCAGCAGAGACUAAUCCCUUCAAAUGUGAGUCUAAAUCUCCUGUCAGUCCCAAGGCACCUUCUCCAACUUACCUGCCUCUCUCAUUCAAUCAGUCCGACAAGUUUUCUGGUAGAACUUCAUGCUCCAGCACCUCUCACAUUGGUGAGACAACACAGAAGUCUGCGGGUGGCUCCAAAGAUCCAGAAACCUCUAAAAAGAGCCUCUCACCACAAUCCAGAUCAGAUGUUGACUUGUGUUUGGUGACAUCAUGUGAGUACAGGCACCCAAAGACAGAGCUAUCCCCUUCCUUCAUAAACCCAAGUCCACUGGAAUACUUCAUGAAUGAAGAGAACCCUCUUGAAGAGGAAAAGCCUCUGAGUAAGUCAGGUGGAGGCCCUCCUCCACCUGGAGGGAAACACCACAGCAAGCAGUGUGAGGAGACACCUCCAACUUCUGUCAGUGAAUCUGCUCCGUCUCAGACAGAUUCUGAUGUUCCACCAGGGACGGAGGAGUGCCCCUCCAUUACUGCAGAUGCAAAUAUCGAUUCUGAAGAUGACUCAGAAACAUUGCCAACUGACAGGACCCUCACUUACCGUCAUGUGGACCCCCCUCCUGUUGCCGCUAGGGACCCAGCUCCUACCCCACCUCGGCCAGAUGUCUGCAUGGUGGACCCAGAAGCCCUGCCAGUUGAAGAGAGCAAUCAACUCAAAAGCUCAAAGACAGAGCAUGGUGACAAGUUCAAAAAGAAGAAACUUGGUAGUAAGACUAAGUCAGCAUCACCAGCAAGAAAGAGCGACUUGUCAAAGACAAGUGCUUUGAAAGAAUCAAAAACUGCCUCUCCAAAAAAGAGCACAGAGGAUAAAGAUGCCAAAAAUGCAACCAAUACUUCUGCAUCACGAAGUGUUAAAAGCACCAAUACAGGAAGCGCUAAAUUAAGCAGUGGAUCAUCAGUGCCCAACUGCCCUCCUGUGUACCUGGAUCUAGUUUACAUCCCAAACCAUUGCAGCGCCAAGAACGUGGACACGGAGUUCUUCAAACGAAUCCGGUCCUCAUAUUAUGUUGUCAGUGGAAAUGAUCAGACUGCCCAAGAACCCAGCAAGGACGUCCUUGACUCCCUGCUGGAGGGAAAGGCGCUGUGGGAGAAUAACAUGCAGGUGACACUUAUUCCAACCCAUGAUACAGAGGUAAUGAGAGAAUGGUAUCAGGAGACCCACGAGAAGCAGCAGGACCUGAACAUAAUGGUUUUAGCCAGCAGCAGCACUGUGGUUAUGCAGGAUGAGUCCUUCCCUGCCUGCAAAAUCGAGCUGUGA